AUGGAGACCACAGUUUCUGAAAUUCAAGUAGAAAAUAAGGAUGAGAAAAGAGAAGUUUGUCCCAAGGUUGAGAGGCAGGAGGGAAAAACAUCCAUGCUUUGCUUCAAGAGAAGAAAGAAAUCAGCCAAGGCGCUGAAGCCCCAAGCUGGCUCUGAGGCUGCUGAUGCAAGGAAGUGUCAUCCAGAAGCAGGAACUUCUGAUCAGCCACAGCACCCAGAGGGGACCUGGGCCUCAAUCAAACGUCUUGUAACACGCAGGAAAAGGUCAGAGUCUUCCAAGCAGCAAAAGUCAUUUGAGGCUGAAGUACAACCUGAAAUAAAGCCCAAAGAUGCUGACGUUUCUAAGAAAAAGGCAAAAUCCAAACUUAAGAUUCCCUGCUUAAAAUUCCCAAGAGGGGUACAAAGGAGUAAUCGUUCCAAAAUUAUAGAAGACUCAGACUGCAGCAUCAAAGUCCAGGGAGAGGUUGAAGGUUUGGAUAUACAAACUCAGACCCAGUUAAAUGACCAGGCAACAAAGGCUGAGUCAACCCAGGACCUAAGUGAAGGUGUCUCACGGAAAGAUGAUGAGGUCUGUGAGUCAAAUGUGAGCAACAGCAUAGCAUCUGGAGAGGAGGUGAUCUCCGUGGAACUUGGGUUAGAUAACAGGCAUUCUGCUAUUCACACAGAAACUGUAAUCCUUGAAGAAAUUGAUAUGAUUGAGGAAAAGCCAAGCGUUCAACAACCCCAGCAAGCAAGCCCACUGGGCAGUUCAGAAACAGACAGUCAGCAUCCAGUGGCUUCUGAUGUUCCUCCCUCACCUGCAGUGCCAGAUGAACAAAUUGUGGAAGAAAUGAGCAACAAGAUCCUAGAAAGUGAGCCAAACUGGAAAGACGAUGAAAGUAGAGAGAUUCCAGCUGAAGAGGAUAAGCCAAAAGACAUUGAACUAAGUCAAGAAGAUUUUAAAGAAAAUGCGACCAAUUCAGAGAAACCCAAGUGGGAAGAAAGCAAAAGAAUGGAGCCCAUUGCUAUCAUUAUUACAGACACUGAAAUCAGUGAAUUUGAUGCUACAAAAGCUAAAAAUGUUCCUAAGCAAUUCUUAAUCUCAAAUGAAAGUGAGCAAGUAGGGUUUUUUGCUAAUGAUAGUGAUUUUGAAGGUAGAACUUCAGAACAAUAUGAAACACUCUUAAUAGAAACAGCUUCUUCCCUUGUCAAGAAUGCUAUCCAGUUGUCUAUAAAACAGCUGGUUAAUGAAAUGGCCUCUGAUGAUAAUAAAAUACAGUGA